GAUAAGAGUGAGAGACGCCGCACAGAGCUGUGGAAGGAAGUUGCGAGCUGAAGACGAGACGGCAAAAGAAUUGGCGGGAUCUUGGAAAUAACCGGCUUGGAUUGCAUACACUGACAGCUGCUUUGAGUUUUCAAACCCAUAUUUUCCCCGGAGCACACACGGAGAAGAGAAGAGAAGAAUGUAAAUCUGCAUAAAUUGCCUACACAGAGAUUUGACUUGAUGUCGGGCCGUUACGUGAUGCUUGCUCAUCUUACCUGUGACCUUUCCAUAAGCUCCCUUUCACUGUUCCUUUAACUCAUUCUUCAGCUUCCCUUGACAUGUUUUCCGCUCAGCCCCAUGUCCUCCACGCUCAAUUACUGCAGCAUGGAUGGACUCUGGUGAAUCGCGCAGAGUGUGAGGUUCAAUGUUGCCCUUAUAUACACCCAAUAUAUAUGCUUAUAUAGAUGUGCCAGGCAUAAUGACGCUGAAUGGCAUUGAUAAAUAACCAGCACCUUUGCAUUGCCAUGUACUGUACGUGUUUGUACACGCGUAAAUGUGUGCGUGAGCGUGCGCAUGAUGGAGUAUUACAGGGUGUUGUCAAGAAAGCAAUUUGUUCCCGUCUCGGAUGGGUCUUUUAUCAUGACGAAUCGACGCGAACCUCAUCUAGAAAUCCACCGUCGACACACCGCCCGAUUCUACCUGGGCCGCGCCCGCAACAUUUAUUAUGCCAAAGUCCCAGUCCCAGACCACCCUUCCCUUUUUUCUGCCCCUUUCCUGCUGUAAAAAAAAAAAGAAAUCCAAUCUGUGCAGCUUUGGGUACCACGUGGAGAAAGCCGGCCCCUGUUGCGCGCUGCUCCUGAUCGCCAUGUGCAAAACGCCCGGACGUGGGUGCGAGCGGCCCCGGGCAAACAAGCGCACUGGGGGUGGCUGUGGUGUGUUGCGCAGGAGUAAUUGUGUGACACGACGAGGAUGAUAGAUUGUGUCUGAGUGUCACACGAAGAAACUGAAAAUGAGGCUGUCAGUGGCCCUUUAAAAAAGUGGCUCAGGCGUUGUCCUUUCGCUCUCUUUUCAUUUUGACAGGAACAGAAACGUAAAGCAUUUCUAGAGAUCGUUACUGUCUUCCAAGCCGUGAAAGUAAUAUUAAUGUGAUCUUUUUCAGUGUUUUUUUUUUAAAAAAAAAAAAGCUUUCUUACUUUUUUAAAUCAGGCUGUUCUCUCCAGAAAUACCUGUUCUCGUGUUACAUUAGAAGAUUUUGGUGGCUAACUUUCGUCAUUUUCCAUAUAGAUAAUCAUCUUUUCCUUAGAAACAACUCUCCAAUGCAAAAGUAAUUGCUUAAGCGAUUAAAAAAAACUGUGUUUGCUUCAAAUGCAGUGGUAUUUUUUGAUAUAAAAGUUUUUUUAUGACGGCAGGAGUUGGCUUUGAUCUUGCUACCAGUCAGACUGGCUGUAACCUUACGGCUCCGCGACCAACUAGUCUAGAUCCAAAUCCAAUUUAUUUAUAAAGCAUGUUAAAAAAAAACAAAACAAAAAAAACAGCAAUUUGCCCAAAGUGCUGUAGAAAAAUAAAACAAGUCAAAGAAUAAAAGUCAAGACAUUAAAAAAAAGAUCACAUUCAAAAAACACACAUAAAAUCAAACAAAGAGAAUAAAAAGACCUUAUCAACUCACACAGGACCAAAUGUUAUUAAUGAAAGAGGCGGGAUAAGCCUUGGACAGUUGGCCGGUCCAUUAGAGACAACCUCACGUACUCGGACUUAAUGAUUACAAGUACUACUGCAUGCAUUUUGAAGGACGGGAUGCAUUGCACCAAACAACAAAGCCUGUAAAAGGUGUUACAUCAGACUGUGUGUGUAGGAAAGUUAUUUAUAAAAGCACAUUUAAAAUAUAAAUAUGAUGUCUUUUGGUUCCAAAUGUAUUUAGAGAUAAAAUCCAAACUGAACAAAAAUGACUAAAUGACUGAAUAAAAGAAAUCUUCAGCUGCUUUUUAAGGAAUCAGCACUAUCUAUCACCACGGACGCUACUGGUCACCGGUGUGUGAUGUUAAUAUUUUUGCUUAAAUCGCAUUAAUGUGUUCAGGUGCUUGUUGAGAGAAGAAGACUGACAGAAAGAAAGUAAAAGAUUUAGGUUUUUUUUUCUAUUGUAAACUUUAUUAUAUUUUAACCAGCAUCAUCCACUUCUUCAUGUGGAAUAACAAUAAGAAAUUCUCCUACUGAGACGCUUCAGUUCCAUGUAGAGCUGGAUUACCUCUAAAUAAACACAUGAUGAAUGAUCGCCCAUUAUCUGAGCACCUAAGUAAAUUCAACACACAGAAUGUUGAUGAAUGUCUUCAUUUAUACGGCACAUGAAAGCAUUAAUAUGGCAUGACGAGCUGGAUGACCUCAGAUUUUUUUGGUUAUUUGUAUGUGACAAGACGUGUGCCCUCUGCUGGGCGUUGGGAGGACCUUCACUCACCUGGUAACCCCUCCUGCAGACGGCAUGGUGUAUCCAGUGAGGACUUCUAUCUCGCAAGCUUUGUUUGCGACACGCAAAGAUUCUCAAAAAGGAAAAUAAAUAAAUAAAUAAAAUAGAGGGAGAGAGAGAGAGAAAUUGUAUUUUAUUUCUUCGUUUUGCAUAAGUGAUGUUCACAGAGAUAGAGAAUGUUUUGCCAUGUUCUUUCAGGCUGUCGUUAUGUACUGCGCGGAUGUGAGAGCAUGUCCAUGUGAGAGCUGACAUAUUACUGGCUUCAUCGCCGCAGUGUCCUCUGCCCCUCCUAACUCUCUUCCUGCCUCCAGCUUUUGCAUCCUUGCUUCGUCGCCUCGCCUCUCCUCCCUUCAACCUUAACCUUGCCUCUUUCCUCCCCCCGCGUUGCCUUUUCUCUCAUCCCAUCAUCUCCCCUUUCUACCUGCUUCUCUUCUCUUCUUUAUUUUGUUGUUGUCGGUUUUUUUUUCUUUCUGCCUCUUUGCUUUGUCACAUUUCCACGGUCCUGUCACUGUUUCACUCUUGCGAGCUCUGUCGUACGUUCCCGCCCUCGUUGCCACCUCCUCCUCUUUCUUCCUUCGCCUUCUCUCGCUGUCUCACCUCCCCUAGCCCCAUUUCUCCUCUCUUCCCCGCUUCGUUCGCCGGCUCCCGCCGUCAUCCCUUCCUCUCCAUCUCGGCGGUGUGACGCUGCAGGGAGGGAGAGGGAAAGAGAGAGAGAGGGAAGAGAGAGCGAGAGCGGGUGUGUAUGUGUGCGUUGAGUCUGCUCUCAGUCUCAGCUGUGGGCAGAUGGAGGAUGGAGCUGCAUCUCUCCUCGUCUUGCGCUCUGCCUGCCACCGGCUGAAAGGCGCUCUCGGUGUUUUCUCCUCCGGCCGUUCCCUUGUGCCUGAGCUGACCCCGAUUUGUGACACAUCAAGCGACAAAAAGGAGUUUGGGCCGGAGAGCGAAAGGUGACGGGAAAACCUGCAGUCUCCCGGAAAAGGAUCAGCGGGCAUUACGCUCAUCUUCGCCACCCCCUUUUUUUCUUUUCCUUUUCUUUUUUUUCCUUUCAUCUUCCCUCUUCCCUUGCGUGUUUUGGUGCGAGGCGUGCAUCUCUGCAGUGCAACAGCUGACACGUGUGCGGCAGGAGAGCGGGGUCUCUCCUCUGGCACUCGGCUGGCGGAUUGCGACCGAGUGAAAAACAGACAGGAGCGGGAGAGGGAGAAGGAGGUCGAAGACGAACAGGAGCAAGGGAGAGAGACAAAGAGCACUCUGUCGCACGGGAGAAAACAAGGCAAAAAAGAUUGAGAAUCACGAAAAGAGGACUCUCACGGGGGAAGAAAGGAGUGGAGUUUUGUGGAGGAGAGGAGAUAAGGGUAGAGGGUUCAUGACAAUGAGCGACAAGUACGGAGCGAUGCAUCACGCCAGCAACGCGGGGAGAACCAAAACCCUCUCACAUGAGACAGGUCGCCCACUCCCUCCAACCUCCUCCUCCACCCUGCUCCCACCGUCCCUCCCGUCCUCCUCAUCUGCCCCUCAUCACCCCUCCCCCGGUCCGUCCCCACCCAUCAGGGAAUGCCAGGUUCCCCUGCUGGAGAAAAACUCCACCCACUCCCACCUGGAGCCCCACCGAGAUGACUCCUACCUGCUCCGGGCUCAGUCCGCCUCCACGGGGGCCGCCAACCACCACAGUCAGUCCACCCUGCAGCCUCCACUGCCGCCUCCACACAACCACCACAACCUGUCCCACCAGUCUGCAAACAGCCUGAACAGAAACACCCUGAGGGGGGGACGGAACCCCAUUCAUGCCCCGGCUCCGGGCACCGGAGAUGGACCCACCACCCCAGAGUCGGUCCAGCUACAGGACAGCUGGGUGCUCAACAGCAACGUCCCGUUGGAAACCAGGCACUUCUUGUUCAAGACGUCAUCAGGGACCACCCCGCUCUUCAGCAGCUCCUCCCCCGGAUACCCGCUGACGUCGGGGACGGUGUACUCUCCGCCGCCUCGCCUGCUGCCCAGGAACACCUUCUCUCGCUCAGCCUUCAAGCUGAAGAAGCCGUCCAAAUACUGCAGCUGGAAAUGCGCGGCAGUUACGGCGAUCGCAGCCGCCGCCCUGCUGGCCAUCUUACUGUCCUACUUCAUUGGUGAGCGGCAACUUCGACACUCAACCUCGAUCAACUUGCUGGGUCUGACGUGGCAGCUGAAGCCCUCUGACGGCCCUCUGUUAAACAACGGACUGGGAGCCGGUCUGCCUGUCAACAGUGACGUGGCCACACUGCCCUCUGGAGGCAGAGGUUCGUGGGCAGGCAGAAACAGCAGCAUAGACACCGGGAACAUCGAGGUGGGCAGGCGGGUGACCCAGGAUGUUCCCCCAGGAGUGUUUUGGAGAUCCCUCCUCUAUCUCAGCCAGCCGCAGUUCCUCAAGUUCAACAUCUCCCUCGGGAAGGACGCCCUCUUCGGGGUUUACAUUCGCAAGGGCCUGCCCCCUUCACACGCGCAGUAUGACUACAUGGAGCGCCUCGACGGGAAGGAGAAGUGGAGCGUGGUGGAGUCCCCGCGGGAGAGGAGGAGCAUCCAGACCGUGGUCCUGAACGAGGCGGUGUUUGUCCAGUACCUGGACGCCGGCGCCUGGCACCUGGCCUUCUACAACGACGGCCGGGAGAGAGAGUCGGUCUCCUUCAGCACAAACGUCAUGGAUUCGGUGCAAGAGUGCCCGCGCAAUUGCCAUGGCAACGGAGAGUGCAACUCUGGCGUGUGCCACUGCUUCCCCGGAUUCCACGGCAUGGACUGCUCCAAAGCUGCUUGCCCGGUGCUCUGCAGCGGCAACGGCCAAUACGACAAGGGUUCCUGUGUGUGUUACAGUGGCUGGAAGGGACCCGAGUGCGACAUCCCCGUCACGCAAUGCAUAGACCCUCUUUGCAGCGGCCACGGCACCUGCACCGAUGGAAACUGCGUGUGCUCCAUCGGCUACAAGGGGCCGAACUGUGCAGAGGUGGAUUGCCUGGACCCGACGUGUUCCAACAACGGCAUCUGCGUGAACGGAGAGUGCCACUGCAAGCCGGGGUGGGGAGGGCUCCACUGCGAACUGCCCAGGGCCCAGUGCCCGGACCAGUGCCACGGCCACGGCGCCUUCAUCCCAGACACCGGCUUGUGCAGCUGCGACCCCAACUGGAUGGGGCCCGACUGCUCCAUGGAGGUUUGCUCAGUCGACUGCGGGACCCACGGCGUGUGUAUGGGCGGGGCGUGUCGCUGCGAGGAAGGCUGGACCGGGGCCGGCUGCGACCAGCGUGUCUGCAACCCGCUGUGCAUCAAACACGGGACCUGCAAGGACGGCAAGUGCCAGUGCCACCAGGGCUGGAACGGAGAGCACUGCACCAUCGACCAUGGGAGCAUGGUUGACAAAGCAGACGGCUGUCCCAACUUGUGUAACGGGAACGGCCAGUGCACCAUGGGUCAGCAGAGCUGGCACUGCGAGUGCCAGACAGGCUGGAGGGGCCCCGGAUGCAGCGUCGCCAUGGAAACCUCCUGCGCUGACAACAAGGACAACGAAGGAGAUGGACUGACGGACUGCAUGGAUCCAGACUGCUGCAUCCAGAGUCCCUGUCAGAACAGCCCGCUGUGUCGGGGCUCCCGGGACCCCCUGCUGGUCAUCCAGCAGAGCCCCACGUCCCAGCCACGAGUCAGAUCUUUCUAUGACCGCGUCAAGAUGCUGGUGGGACGGGACAGCACCCACAUCAUCCCCGGAGAAAACCCGUUCAACUCCAGCUUGGCGUCCCUCAUCCGGGGUCAGGUGCUGACCACAGACGGAACCCCUCUGGUGGGGGUCAACGUGUCUUUUGUCAACUAUCCACACUACGGAUACACGCUGACGCGGCAGGACGGAAUGUUUGACCUGAUAGCUAACGGCGGCGCCUCUCUGACCCUGCGGUUCGAGCGUGCGCCCUUCCUGAGCCAGGAGCGCACCGUGUGGCUGCCCUGGAGCCAGUUUUAUGCAAUGGACACGGUGGUGCUUAAGACAGAGGAGAACACGAUCCCAGGCUGCGAUCUGAGCGGCUUCGUCAGGCCUGACCCUGUUGUGAUUGCAUCCCCUCUCUCCUCCUUCUUCAGCUCCAAGCCAGGGGAGAAACCCAUCAUACCGGAGACACAGGUGCUGCAUGAGCAGAUCGAGGUGCCCGGCACGGGCCUCAAGCUGUGCUACCUAAGCUCCCGCACGCAGGGCUACCGCUCCCUCCUCAAGGUCACCAUGACCCCGGCCGUAGUGCCGAUGGGCCUGCUGAAGGUGCACCUGAUGGUGGCCGUGGAGGGCCACCUCUUCCAGAAGUGGUUCCAUGCCUCCCCGAACUUGGCCUACACCUACAUCUGGGACAAGACGGACGCGUACGGGCAAAGGGUCUACGGUCUGGCCGAAGCCGUCGUGUCGGUGGGCUACGAGUACGAGUCGUGUGCGAGCCUCAUCCUCUGGGAGAAGAGGACCACCAUCCUGCAGGGCUACGAACUGGACCCCACCAAUUUGGGCGGCUGGUCGCUGGACAAGCACCACAUACUCAACACCCGCAGCGGCAUCCUGCACAAAGGCAGCGGCGAGAACGUGUUCGUGACAGAGCAACCUCCAGUCAUCACAAGCAUCAUGGGAAACGGACGCAGGCGCAGCAUCUCGUGCCCGAGCUGCAACGGCCUUGCGGACGGCAACAAGCUGCUGGCACCGGUCGCCUUGGCGAUGGGCAUCGACGGCAGCCUGUACGUCGGCGACCUCAACUUUGUGCGUCGGGUCUACCCGUCGAUGAACACGACAGGAAUCCUGGAGUUGAGGAACAAAGACUUCAGGCACAGCAAUAAUCCAACCCAUAAGUACUUCCUGGCGGUGGAUCCGGUAUCUGGGGCGCUGUUCAUCUCGGACACCAACUCCAGGCGGAUUUACAGGGUUCGCUCGCUGACGGGUGGCCGGCUGCUGUCGGACAACGCCGAGGUGGUGGCGGGGACAGGGGAGCAGUGCUUACCCUUCGACGAGCGCUGCGGUGACGGUGGAAAAGCCACUGAAGCUACGCUAAUGAGCCCCAAAGGCAUCGCUGUGGAUAAAAAUGGCCUGAUGUAUUUCGUGGACGCCACCAUGAUCCGCAAGGUGGACCAGAAUGGCAUCAUCUCCACUCUGCUUGGCGCCAACGAUCUAACUGCCGUCCGGCCGCUGAGCUGUGACACCAGCAUGGACGUCAGCCAGGUCCGUCUGGAGUGGCCCACGGACUUGGCAGUGAACCCCAUGGACAACUCUCUCUACGUCCUGGAAAACAAUGUCAUCUUACGCAUCACUGAGAACCACCAGGUGAGCAUUAUUGCCGGCCGGCCCAUGCACUGCCAAGUGCCAGGCAUUGACUACAGCCUCAGUAAGCUGGCCAUACACGCAGCCCUGGAGAGCGCCACAGCCAUCGCCCUGUCCCACACCGGCACUCUCUACAUCGCUGAGACAGACGAGAAGAAGAUUAAUCGAGUCAGACAGGUGAACACCAACGGAGAGAUCUCUCUCCUGGCCGGCGCCGCCUCCGACUGCGACUGCAAGAACGACGUCAACUGCAACUGCUUCUACGGUGACGACGGCUACGCCCCCGACGCGGGUUUGAACUCCCCGACGUCCCUCGCCGUCUCCCCCGACGGCACCCUCUUCAUCGCCGACCUCAACAACAUACGCAUCAGGGCGGUGCGGGCGAACCGGCCAGGCCCGGCCCUUUCGAGCGUGGGGUUCGCUGGGUCAGCACAGUACGAGGUGGCGUCACCGAGGGAACAGGAGCUGUACGUCUUCGACGGCGAGGGGCUUCACAUCCAGACGGUCAGCCUCGUGACCGGGGAGCCCCUUUAUAACUUCACCUACGGCUCGGACGGCGAGCUGGUCAUGCUGGUGGACAACUGCAACAACACCGUCAAGGUCAGGAGAGACGGCCAAGGACAGGGAGGAGGAGCCGGCCUGCUCAGGCUGGUCCUGCUGCCUGAGAAUCAGGUGGUGACCCUCGGAUUGGACCCGACCGGGGGGCUGCGCAGCGUGUCCGCCAUGGGCCAGGAGGUGGCUUUGAUGGGCUACAGCGGGAACACGGGCCUGCUGGCCACCAAGGCUGAUGAGACCGGAUGGACAACAUUCUAUCAGUACGACAGCGAGGGCCGCCUGACCAACGUGACGUACCCGACGGGCAUGGUGACGAGUCUCCACCGCGAGAUCGAGCGCUCCAUCAACAUAGACAUCGAGAGCUCGAGCCGAGACGACGACGUCACCGUCAUCACCAACCUGUCCUCGGUCGAAGCCUCGUACACAGUGGUGCAAGACCAGGUGAGGAACAGCUAUCAGCUGUGCAACAACGGCACCCUGAGGGUGAUGUACGCCAACGGAAUGGGCAUCAGCUUCCAUACUGAGCCCCACAUCCUGGCAGGUUCCGUCAGCCCCACUAUCGGCCGGAGGAACAUCACCCUGCCCACCGACAACGGCCUCAACUCCAUUGAGUGGCGUCUGCGCAAAGAGCAGACCAAGGGCCGGAUCACCGUGUUUGGGAGGAAGCUGAGGGCUCAUGGACGCAAUCUUCUCUCCAUCGACUUCGACCGCAACACCCGCACUGAGAAGAUUUAUGACGAUCACCGCAAGUUCACGCUGCGCAUCAUGUACGACACUCAGGGCCGCCCGGCCAUGUGGCUGCCAAGCAGCAGCUUGGCAGUCGUCAACGUUUCCUAUUCGCCCACUGGACAGCUUGUGGGUCUGCAGAGGGGUAGCAUGAGUGAGAAGACCGAGUUUGACUCCCAGGGUCGCAUUCUGUCCCGAUCGUUUGUGGACGGGAAGAUCUGGAGCUACAGCUACCUUGAUAAAUCCAUGGUGCUGCUGCUCCAGAGCCAAAGACAGUACGUCUUUGAGUUUGACGCCUCAGGUCGGGUCACAGCUGUCACCAUGCCCAGCGUCGCGCGUCACACCAUGUUCACGCACGUGUCUGUCGGCUACAUCCGCAACACCUACAACCCCCCAGAGAGCAACGCCUCCAUCAUCCACGACUUCAGCGAGGACGGCCGGCCGCAGGCCACGCACUACAUGGGCACCGGCCGCCGCGUCCUCUACAAGUACGGCAAGCUGGCCAAGCUGUCGGAGAUUGUGUACGACAGCACCGUUGUCACGUUCGGUUACGACGAGACGGCCGGGGUCCUCAAGAUGGUCAACCUGCAGAGCGGCGGCUUCUCUUGCACCAUCCGCUAUCGCAAGAUGGGCCCCCUUAUCGACAAGCAGAUCUACCGCUUCAGCGAGGAGGGCAUGGUGAAUGCAAGGUUCGACUACACUUACCAUGACAACAGCUUCCGCAUUGCCAGCAUGAAGCCUGUCAUCAGCGAGACCCCACUGCCUGUUGACCUCUACCGAUACGAUGAGAUCUCUGGAAAGGUGGAGCACUUUGGGAAAUUCGGGGUCAUCUAUUAUGACAUUAAUCAAAUCAUCACCACAGCCGUAAUGACGCUGAGUAAGCAUUUUGACACCCACGGUCGCAUCAAGGAGGUUCAGUACGAGAUCUUCCGUUCACUCAUGUACUGGAUGACGGUGCAGUAUGACAGCAUGGGCCGGGUUGUGAAGAGAGAGCUAAAGAUUGGGCCCUACGCCAACACCACUCAGUACCGCUAUGACUAUGAUGGAGAUGGACAGCUCAGCGGUGUCAAGGUGAAUGACUGGUCCACCUGGCGCUACAGCUACGACCUGAACGGCAACCUCCACCUGCUGAAUCCGGGCAACAGUGCCCGGAUCCUUCCCCUCCGCUACGACCUCAGGGACCGCAUCACCCGCCUGGGAGACGUCCAGUACCGCCUGGACGAGGACGGUUUCCUCAGCCAGCGCGGCUCAGACGUUUUCGACUACAAUUCCAAAGGCCAGCUCCUGAGGGCCUACAACAGAGGUCCAGGAGGCUGGAGUGUGGUGUACCACUACGACGGGCUUGGCCGUAGGGUGUCCACGCGGAACAGCCUGGGACAGCACCUCCAGUUCUUCUACGCUGACCUGAACCAUCCCACCAGGGUGACGCAUAUCUUCAACCACUCCAGCUCUGACAUCUCAUCGCUCUACUAUGACCUGCAGGGCCACUUGUUUGCAAUGGAGGUGAGCAGUGGAGAGGAAUAUUACAUUGCAUCCGACAACACAGGAACCCCACUGGCAGUUUUCAGCAGCAACGGGCAGAUGAUCAAACAGGUGCAGUACACAGCCUACGGUGAGGUGUACCUCGACUCUAACCCAGAGUUCCAGCUGGUGGUUGGUUUCCACGGCGGUCUGUACGACCCACUGACCAAGCUGGUUCACUUCACCCAACGAGACUACGACGUGUUGGCCGGACGCUGGACCUCGCCCGACUACAGCAUGUGGCCCAAGAUAGGAAAAGACCUCUCCCCGUUUAAUCUGUACAUGUUCAAGAACAACAACCCCCUCAGCGACAUGCUGGAUGUCAAAAACUACGUCACAGAUGUGAAGAGCUGGUUGGUGAUGUUUGGCUUUCAGCUCAGCAACAUAAUCCCAGGAUUCCCUCGACACUCGCUCUACUUUGUGGAGCCGCCGUAUGAGCUGCAGGCCACCCAGCACUGUGAGAAUGGACAGCUCAUCACUGGUGUGCAGCAGGCGGCAGAGCGCCACAACCAGGCCUUCAUGGCCCUCGAGGGCCGUCUUCUCAACAAAGAGCGCCGCAGACGUAAAGACAAGCCCGGCCACUGGUUCGGCACCAGCACCCCCAUUAUCGGCCGCGGAGUGAUGCUUGCGCUGAAGGAAGGCCGCGUUGUGGCCGGCGUGUCGCCGCUGGCCAGCGACGACAGCCGCAAAAUAGCUCUGGUGCUCAACGGCGCCCAGUACCUGGAGGGCACUCACUACACUCAGGACGGGAAGGACUGCCACUACUUUGUGAAAGUGGGAUCUGCCGACAGCGACCUUUUGGCCCUGGGGCUCACGAACGGGCGGAAGUCUCUGGAGAGCGGCAUCAACGUGACGGUGAGCGGCCGGUCGAGGAGAGGCGUGACCGUGGAGUUCGCCGUCCCGUCGCUAGUGCUGAGCAUUCGCUACGGCCUCUCUGUGGACGUGGUGGACGAAGAGAAGGUAAGACUGCUGGAGCUGGCCCGACAGAGGGCCCUGGCGGGGGCCUGGGCCAAGGAGCAGCAGCGCACGAGGGACGGGAAAGGCGGCAGUCGCCUCUGGACCGAAGGGGAGAGGCAGCAGCUUCUAACGACGGGUCGGGUCCAAGGCUAUGACGGCUACUACGUGCUGCCGGUGGAGCAGUACCCAGAACUGGCCGACAGCAGCAACAACGUCCAGUUUCUCAGACAGAACGAGAUGGGCAGGAGGUAACAGCCCACCUGAACCCCGCUGACUCUUCCCUUCUCUCCCGACACCUCCGAAUUUUGUCCCUUUUUUUUCUACCCAGCCUCCUUAACCUUACUCCUUUGAAAACCUACGGAGAACUAACCAACAAACGGGGUUACUCACGGAACGCUGCAGGGACUUUUAAAAAGAAUGAAAAACAUAUUAUUAAUUUUACUGCCACAGGCAAAAAAAAAAAAAAAACACAACAAAAACAAAUGUUUAGUCAAUUUUUUUGUUUUUUGGAAAAAAACAAAACAAAAAAACUUUGAUCAACUGACAAAAAAAAAAAAAUAAUAAAAGAAGCACUGAAGAACUCUGAUAACUGUUGCUUACCCAAUAAGAAGAUUCCCCUUUUUAAAAAAGAUAGUGAUAUUUUCGCCCAUAUUUAUUGGGUCACAUCGAGAGCAGCCACGAUAACGCAGGGAGAAGGGAAGGGCGGGGUCGCGCUGCGGCAGCCUCCGCGAACGGCGGCUUGUCUCGUCUCCAAUAAAGAAACUGAAGGCGAAGGGACCAAAGCGGAGACCGAGCCUCCUCAGAGCGCAGCCAUCACCCGACAUGCAUCACAAAACAGCGACGCCAACGCGAGCCGUCUCCCUGUCUCAGGCCUCCCAUUGUCCGUCCACCACCAGUCCAGUUCCGCCGCCGAUCAACCAAGCAACAGGACAACGGCAUCCAUGAACAUCCAAGCUGAUGAUGAGCUGAAGCAUAAACUCAAAAAGAAAGGAAGAGAGAAAAAAAAAAACAACCCAACAAAAAGUAAAAGAAAAAAAAAAGACGACAGCUAUAUCUGUGGAAAGUGGCAUAGCACCACGUUGUUUAUUUUGCAACCGGGGGUGGGUGGGGAGCGGAUUCACACACACCCUCCCCAUCCCCCAUACAUAUGUGUCAGACUACACUUAAAAACUUCAGGAUGUUGCGUAUACCGUAGAUGCCGUAGUUUUGUACGUUUCAGUCGCGGUAGAAUUGUGAGAUUUUCACCAAGGCACUUCUGUACAGCUCGAUCAAACACACACACACAAACACACACAAACACACACACCACUCACCAAGUCCGACAGACAUGCUGAGUUACUAUUUAUUUGGUUUGUUUCUUUUUUUAUUUAUUUAUUCUUAGUACUAAAUGACAAUCAUGAAUGAGUCACCAGUUCUUAUCGAGACGAACAUCGAUGGACGAGCUUCUUUUGUUUUGUAAGAUAUGUAAUAAAUGUUUUGUUUGUUUGUUUUUUGUUGUUUUUUUUGUUUUUUUUUGGUUUUUGUAUUUGUUUUCGGUUUGCUGACAGGGAAACAAUAGUCAACUGGCAAAAAGAGUAAUUUAUGUAAUGAGGUGUUUUAAAAAGCAGUUUAUACUUUAAAUAAAGUCUUUAAAACUGUGAAAUCUGUUUUUUCGAAGUAUAUUUCGAUGUACAGUGUAUAGACUUACCUUUAUGCAGCACAGUAGAAUAUUGUUCAGAAUAUCAAGUUUUAUAUUUCUAAGAGGAAGUGGCUUGUAAUGUGCGAAACCUUUAGCUGCUCUUACUACUCUAGAGUUUUGUGGCACUCUGAUACUCCAUUAUCUACGAUAUCGGUCCAAAGUUUGUUUUUCUUAUUCUUUUUAUUUACUGUUUGUUUGUUUGUUGUUUGGAAGCAGAUUCUUUCUGUCCUAGAUCCCAACAGCAGUAGCAGUAAUGGAUCCCUCUCACUGUGAGGAGACUCGUGCUGGAUGUCAUAAUGUACCAAAUCAGUAUUAUCAGAGGAUGAAUCUUAUACAUUCACUGAAACGAGACUCUUCUGAGAACCUUAUCAAUAAAACAUAAUUGUUUACUUCAACUGAGCUUUCAUCUCAUCUCUUGUGUCUGAGGACGGAGCAUCAUCAUCAUUCAGGCACCAGCGGUCCACUCUCAUUAGUUGCUUUUCAAAAGCAAUCUUUCAAACGCCGGUGAUGCGCUCGAAAGCCAGGGUUUCCUGUCUUUGUGAAUUAUGCAUCAUAGUCAAUGAAACGAUAGUUUUGAUUCAGUUUUCCUUAAAGGGAGACAGUAUUAUGUGUUUUCCUUGCAUAUUGUGCCAUUUUAUACCACAAUUAAGUAUCUAUUACCUUCAGUUAUAAAAUGCUAUAUAUCAAAUAUCACUUAAAAGAUGUUUGAUUUUAUAAUCAAAUUGGGCCUCUGUCUCUUUAAGAAGGUCCUGCUCUUUUUGAAACUCCGCCUCCAGGAAGUCAUCACAACGUUUUUUACCAGCGUUUCCCUGUGAAGUACCAUAGCUCCUAUAACGAGCUGAGCUAAUGGCUAAGAUGUUAGCCAUUAGCUGCUGGCUAAUUCCUGCAAGCAGCUAAUGGCUGCUGGCGUCACAGAGGCGGAAGCUCGGAAACUGCACCUCCGAGGAUGAGCUGAAUGGUUGCCACGGGAGAUUAAAAAUUUCUGAUACAUUCAUGAGAGAAUCAAUGCAACACUCCAGGUAAGUUUUUGAUGACGGAAUAACACUAUAAUGUGAUAUAAAGCUCAAAAAACAUAAUUCUGCCCCUUUAAAACAAGGAGGACGUGUUCUAGCAAACAGUAGCCCCCCAACUACUGUUCUCAGGAACUAUGGCUGGAACAACACACAUUUGGUGCAUAAGUGGAAAGAAAACAAUGUACUGGUUUCAAUAUUGUAUAUGUCAAUUAUAGAGCCUCCUUUUGCUGUAGCGACUUGUCUUUCAGGAUAUGUCUCCAACAAAUGUGUGUUGCAACUUAAAUUUGAACCCAUUUCUACAUUUUUGUACAGUAGUUCAAACUCAGUCAGAUUGGAGGGAGAGUUGGUGAAAAUCAACUUAGAGCCUUGCUACAGAUAUAAAAUUGUGCUUAUGUGUGGUCUUUGACUGGGCCAUUCAGGUUGGGAUUUGAACACAGGACCUUCUUGCUGCAAUGCCACACUGCUACCAACAGAGGUGGGUAGAGUACAAAAGAUUUAUACUCAAGUAAGAGUAGCUUUACUUAAACCGUUACUCAUGUAAAAGUUAGAGGUUGCUAAAAAGUCCAAGAAAUGACUUAAGUAUGAGUUUUAAAAAAUACCAAAGUAAUGAGUAACUGAUCAUAACCUCUAAUGUAAAAUUUUAAAAUUAUGGAUUAGGUGCAAAUUCUAAUAUCUUAGAGACAAAAAAAAAUUACAAAUUGAUAAAAUUAUAAGGUAAAUUUAGGAAGAAACACUUCUAAAACAAAACGCAUGAAAUAAAUGCUUCUAAUGGGUGGCGUAUAUAUACUAAAACAAGGAGAAAUGCUUCUAGUUACAACAUAUACUGUUUACUGUAUCUUCACUUGUUCUCCAACAGUUUCAGCAGAAAGAAAAUAACAUUCAUACAGUUAAGCUGGCGUACAGACAAGAAGUCUCACUUAAACAUAAACCGUAAAGUUUAGUCUAGCAAGAGAAGCAAUGCUUCAUAUUAUUGCUAUAUUUGCGCACACAUAAAAGUACAUUUUUUUCCCCCAAAAAGUUACUUAACUAAAUAUAUCUAGGGACUACCCAGUCUGCUUUGUUCUAAACUUUUCCAAUAUAAUUCUGUGGAUGUUUAAAGUCAGCACACAACAGUCUCUUGCACUCUGUACCUUUUUGUCAGGAUGGUCCCUUAAUUCCAUCUUCCCAUUAACUUUGACCAGCUUCCCUGUCCUUGCUAAAGAAUCACCACAGCAUGAUGAUGAGUUUUACAUUCUGUUAAUCUAUUGUGUCAAUAUUCAGUUACCCAGAAACGUGACAGAAACACACACACACACACACACCUUUUAUUACAGCAAAACUGGUUCUGAAUAAGCUACAGGGACUUUUGUAAGAUAAGAUACUUAGUGUUGUACGUAACCUUUUAAAAAGAUAUAUUUUAAGAAAAAAAAAUUCGGUGUAAUUUUCAUCCUAAAAAUAAAAAAAGGGGCAACUGAAUCAAACGGUUGUAGCUGCAGGCCAGAUUUGCUGCAUUAAUGAAUUGUGGUCAGGGGACAAACAAAAUCAAAGUGCUGCAAAAGGGCAUUGAGCUAAACCUAAAGAAAAUGAGUUAUGACUGGUCAACUCUACACAGGAACGGUUCACCCGACUAAAGAUGAACCUUCUUCUAUGGCAAUUUAAGUUAUCAGUCCAAACCCGAACCCUCAAAUUAAAGAUUUGAUUUUUCUAGAUACCUAUGCGUCUGCAGUAAAAUUAUUUAUUCUUAAUGCUUUUGACUUUUUUUUUUUUUAACCAGAUAUAUGAAGCGUGACCAGGAAGUGCACGCCGAAAAAUAAGCUCAACAUUUCCAGGUUUCUACAGCUAGUAUUGAUCUCUAGUUUCUGCCCAGCUUGCUUCUUCCACACUCCACUUACAUCCAUACAUAUUGCUGCAAUCCACCCAAUAAUUGGAAACGACAAAGUCUUUAAUUAUAGCAAUAAAUUACUUUAAUGAAAGACAAAAAAAAGGCAUCCACAGACUAAUAGGGUUUCCUCUGUUGAGCAAGUGCAGUUGUUUUUUUUUUAACAAUAUUUCCAGAUAUAUUUCCAAGGUCCAAAUGACAAAUAGAAUAAGUUUUCAUAAUAAUAAAAGCACAUUACAUUGCAGCCAUUAAAAAGUUAACAGUCAUCCAACGAAAGAUUACCUUUGUGUUUAAAAAUGCAUUUUACUUAUUUUCACAAAAGAAAAAAAAAAAAAAAAAAAGUGAGAAUGUGAAAAUAAAACUGAUACAUUUCAAGCUUCUAAA